UAGAAUUUCCAGGGUAGAGCAUGGGGUAAAGAGAUAGUCACCGUACCGUACGCGCGCCAUUGUUUUUCAUCGAGAAACAUCAUGCUAAACGAGGGAAGCAUAACAUUUGCUCAGUGUUAGGAUGUUCAGAAGAACCCAAACAUCUGUAAAUACGACGACAGAAAUCCCGAAAGUUCUCUUAGUGUGCGACAGUUUCCUCAACUUGGGCCAAUACAAAGCUGGCCUUGCUGAUCGUCUGAGGUUAAAGCCUGGUGCAGUACCAACUCUUUGUGGCUCAGCUACAAACCUCGGUCAGGCCAGCACAUCAACUGCUUCCAUUAAGCUGCCUUUCUCAAGGGAUGUUGCCUGCCAGACAGACCACCUGGAAACACGUACUAUAGGCACACAGCUAGCCUUGAAGACUCUGCGGCCCCACUUUAGAAAUGAAGGUAUCCAGGCAAGUGUCUCCUGCAGAGAUUUUGGUGUGGGGCCCUCAAAUGCAGACCCUUAGUGCCUGUCAUCGACACCUAUAAAGAGACCACCCAAAAGACCUUGUCUAGACCUCGAUGAAGACCUCGAGGACAAUCCAUUGGAGGGCAGCUCUUUGGUGGGAGCUUCAAAGGGACAGGAUUCCAGUUAUGAUCCUGCCAACUCCUUCACAGCAUCGUUAGACUCUACGCUAAAGUCAGAAGAUUCCUCCACUUCCACCCACAACAGCAAAAUAUAGAUGGUGUACGAGAACUGCAUCAUGGAGUUGUUUAAUGCAUGUCCAGUCUGCACGCGGGCAUGUGAUGUGAAGACCCAAAGGCUGGGGACAUUCCUGUCUCUGAAGCAAUGGUGCCCCCAUUGCACAUUUACAAGACACUGGAAUAGCCAGCCUGUCCUUGGGAGCACGCCAGCUGGAAAUCUGCACCUUUCUGCCGCCGUGUACCUCAGUGGUGCAUCUUUCAUCAAAAUUGAAAAGGUCUUCAAGGCAAUGAAGCUACAGUUGUUUUGGUAUGAAACAUUUCGCCGCCAUGCCAGAUCUUUCAUUGAACCGGCAGUUAUUCACCAUUGGAAAGUCAAACAGGAUGUGAAUCUGCAGCGGCUGUGUCACGAGGAAAAAGUGAUCCUUGGUGGUGACAUGAGAGCUGACUCACCAGGCCACUCUGCAAAGUAUGGGAGUUAUACAACAAUGGAUCUCCAGUGUAACACCAUUGUGGACAUUCAGUUGGUUCAGUGCAAUAAGGUUGGUGGUAGCUACCACAUGGAGAAGGAGGGCCUGACGAGGAGUCCAGCAUUACUGGAGUCACGUGGCGUCAAACUUGAUUGCAUUGUCACUGAUCGUCAUCCACAAGUACAGAAGUUCCUCAGGGAGAGAAACAUAACCCAUUACUACGAUGUCUGGCACAUGGCAAAAGGAAUUUCAAAGAAACUGGAAGCAAUCAGUAAGCAAAAAGACUGUGAGAAACUCAAGAAGUGGAUGAAAAGCAUCAACAACCACAUAUACUGGACUGCAGCUAGCUCAACCUCCGGCCCAGAGAGAAUCACAAAGUGGACCGCGAUCCUGAACCAUGUUCGAGAUGUACAUACACACGAGGAUCCCCUUUACCCCAAGUGCGAGCAUGUGAUCCGCAAGACAACUGACAAGAUUAAAUGGCUCCAAGCAGCAACUCCAGCUUUCUACAAGUUGGAGAAGUUACUGAACAACAAAACGAUGAAGGAUGUUGCAAAACUGAGCCCCCACUACCAAACUUCAUCAUUGGAGGCUUUCCAUGCCAUCAUCCUUCGUUUUGCACCAAAGAAUGUUGUCUUUCCCUUUAUUGGAAUGCUGUGCAGACUCUACCUGGCUGCUAUGCAUUAUAAUGAAAAUGCGGACCGACCACAGGCCAAAACCCAGGAAGGUGAAUCUCUCUUCAAAAUCUACUUUCCAAAGGCUAGGAAGGGAGAGUGCAAAGCUAAACCACAAAAGACACAGCCGACCUUUGGUUACGUUGCCUACAUGAUGGACCUCAUUUUUGAGGAAGUGUUUGUCGACCCUACGCCAUACACCGCUGCACUGUUGGCCAUCCCUGUUCCAGAGGACCUAUCGGCGCAGUAUGAGAAGCCGGACAAGGAGGAGGUCAUUGCCAGCUUUGUGUCAAGAUUUAAACGGGGGGCAGUUUAA